AUGUGGCGGAGAGGAGCUGCAUUCCUGGUGCGGCAACAACAACAACAACAUCAUGCGCUGCUCAAGACGACAGCCGCAUCUCUGUUUGCGGGUUUAGCACACCGCACACUCUCGACGGGUGUGGAGGUGGAGGAGGAUGAGGCCACCGUGUGGGCGCGAUCAAUGGAGGAGAAGUACGGCCCAGGCGCCUACAAACUCUUCCGCCCACUCUACAAAGAUCUCGCAGAUGAGAUGCGGCGGGAAGCGACCACAAAGCCACCACCGCCAAUAGAUGGAUGGUCCGUGCGGCACGAUGAAGCUGGCAACAUUGCCGUCUUUACGCGAGCAGCGGAUGAGAAGAUGCGUAUUGGCCGAGUAGUAGCGUAUAGUCCAAUUGAGAUGGCGAACCCGCCAAAGAUUAAUGACUUGUUGUACUUUGUAGAUUGGUUUCCAGUAGAGGUGAUGGUGGAACGAAAUGGUGUUAUUGUGCAUUUUUCAAUGGCAGCUAACGAAGGUGGUAUGCAUAUGCGUAACGUUCGUGCUUACAAGGGAGAUUCUAAUGAUUAUUUAUUAUCCACAACAGAUGAUGCGAUAUGGGUACGACAUAAUCUUUAUUAUGAUGGUCCUUGUCUCUGGCAUCUUGAACUUGAUAUGCAAAAUGAGUUGUAUGAUGUUAUGCAAGAUCACGGUAUCACACUUGAUUGGAUGCGAUGGGCGGCGGAAUGGGUUUACUUUCUUGAGCACGUGGCGUAUGUGCGGUGGAAUGUAGGAAUGCUAGAGCAACUUAUACCCUCAGAAGAACGUGGGUCAGAGGAGGAUUUUCUAACGCCAGAGGAAAAAGAAGAGCUUAGCAAACCAACAGAGGAAUGGUUGGAGGGUCGAUAUGCAUAG